AUGAAGGAUAUUGCAAGCCGAGGUUCGAUCAUCCUUCUGAGGAGCCCUCCGAUCGCUUCGCUCCUGUUAGUCGAUUUCCUAUCUCUCUUCUACAGCGGAGCACCAGCUUUGUUGUUCUUUCCCGAGUCCCUGGAUCGUACCAGGUCCCACGGAACUCAUCUGACAAAGCCGUCAAUGGUUAUUAAUGCCGCUGAGGCUAACAGCGAAAAACUUUAUGCUCACUACCUGAGCCAAGCAGCUUGGAAUGGUGGACUUAUAGUUCUUCUGCAGACUAGUCCUGAAUCUCCAAAGAUAUUUUCAUUGCUCCAUAGAAUUUUUGUAGGAGAACCCCUGGAUAAGCUAAAAGAAUCUGCUCUUAAAGCAGGUGUGUCCGAAGAUGAUUUUCAGGCAUUCCUGGUAUAUGCUGGAGGUUUGUUUGCUAAUAACGGAAACUACAAAGGUUUCGGUGAUACAAAAUUCAUUCCAAAUCUAUCUAAAGAAACAUUUGAACUUAUUGUGAAAUCUUCAAAGGCCUAUGAGAAUGAUAAUACUCAUAUUACAAAGUUAUGGAAAAAAGUUCAGAAUCCUAUAUACAGCCUGCAGCCAAGACUAACUAGUUUAGGUUUGGCGAACAAGGGAGUAACUACAUAUUUCUCUAGCAACUGUACAGAAGAGGAUUCAAACCUGGUCAAUGAUUGGAUGAAGACAAAGCGGAUUGAGGCAUACAUCUGUCGAACAUUUAAAACAACUGCUGAUGAUGGAUUACCUCUGUACACUAUUCACUUGGCGAGUGUCAAAUCUUCACCUAAACCACCACUAACAAUGGACAAAGAGAAAUAUAAGAAUGCAUAUUUCCAAGUGACCCGUGGAGACUAUUCUGCUUUGCUGAAACUUGCCAGUGACCAUCUUGCCAAUGCUAAGAAGCAUGCCGCAAAUGAAAAUGAAAUGAAAAUGCUGGAGCACUACAUCAAUAGCUUUGUGGAAGGAGAUUUGAAUGAGCACAAGGAAGGCAGCCGAUUUUGGAUUAAAGAUAAGGGACCAAUCAUCGAAACAUACCAGGGUUUCAUAGAGACGUACCGCGACCCCAGCGGGCAGAGAGGCGAGUUCGAGGGCUUUGUAGCAAUGGUAAAUAAGGAAAUGUCCAAGAAGUUCGGCAAUCUGGUGGACGGGGCGGAGCGCUUCAUCAAGCUCCUACCAUGGGGGCGGGAUUUAGAGAAGGACACGUUCCUGAGGCCGGAUUUCACCAGCUUGGACGUUUUGACGUUUUCCGGCAGCGGCAUACCGGCUGGCAUCAAUAUUCCUAAUUACGAUGAGAUCCGCCAAAACGAAGGUUUCAAGAACGUGUCCCUUGGAAACGUGAUACCGGCCGCUUACAAGGAGUCCGUUAUUCCGUUUUUAUCUGAAGAGGACAAGCGGCUGCUCGAAAAGUAUAGGGUCGCAUCAUUCGAGGUACAAGUCGGUCUUCACGAGCUCUUGGGCCACGGCAGCGGGAAACUGCUGCGUCAGAACGCAGACGGUAGCUUCAACUUCGACAAGGAGAAGGUCAAAAACCCACUCACUGGAAAGCAAAUCGAGUCCUGGUACACGGAGGGUGAGACAUACGACAGCAAGUUCACAACGCUGGGCUCCGCCUUCGAGGAGUGCCGAGCGGAGGCGGUCGGCCUAUACCUGUCCCUGCAGCCGGAGAUAAUUAAAAUUUUCGGUUACGAAGGUCAGGAGGCUGAAGAUGUAACCUACGUUAACUGGCUGAGCUUACUUUGGAAUGGCGUAGCAAAAGCAACCGAGAUGUAUCAACCAUCAACGAAAUCUUGGUUACAGGCGCACGCGCGGGCCCGUUUCGUGCUGAUGAGGCUGCUGCAGCUGGAGGGCGAUGGUCUACUGGAGGUGCAGGAGCCAGUUCCUGAGAAAGACCUUCUCCUCACCCUCGACCGCCAACGACUCGCCACGGACGGAAAGAGGAUCAUUGGCGAGUUCCUGGUGAAGCUGCAGACGCUGAAGGCGACGGGUGACGCGGCGGCGGCGGAGCGCCUCUUCGAUCGCUACAGCCGCCUGGACGAGCCGUGGGCCCGUUGGAGGGACAUCGUCAUGCUGCACAAGCAGCCGCGCAACAUAUUCGUACAGCCCAACACUGCGCUCAAAGACGGUGAAGUGGAGCUGAAACGCUACCCGGCCAGCGCGGAGGGCAUGGUGACCUCCUGGGUAGAGCGUUUCCCCACCACGGAAGUAGACGACGAACUGGAGAAGCUCGCCGAAGCGGACAGCAAGUACUUCGAAGAACUAGAGCGCCUCGCCGCGGCU